ACCGUUGGGAUCCUUCACGCCCGAUCGUCUCGCCCUAGUUCCUCCUGGACUUCUCCGUCCGCAGCCCCCCUUCUCGAGGACCCUUGCCUCUACCUGCAUUGUCUGAUUUGUGCCGUAAGACAGACGUGCUGCACAUCAUCCUCUUCCUGGCAUGGGGGAUUCACACAGUAAUCAGGAUGGUUCCAAGUUCGGAGCUUUUGCUGACAGGAUUCCUGGUGCUGCAUUGGGUAAUGCUGAUGACAUAGGGAUCCAAUACAUGGGUGCUGGUUCUUCAGAGGCAGGGAGAGCUUCUCUAAAGAUGAGAAGGCCGUUACAGCCUUCUCCACAGUUCAUGAUGUAUGAUGCUGCAAUGAACAACGGAAGCAACCAAAGUGCUGUGGGGUUCUCUCAUUCUGAAGGUUUACCCGACGAGCAGUCUUUGGCAUCAGCUUUUGGGGACAUGAGCUUCAACAAUCACACGGCUCACUCUCCCGCAAGUCCCAGAGAUUUUGUGCCAGUAAAUGGGUACCAUCCACUUGUCCCUGCAAGCGUUCAAGAUGAUUUCAGGUCUCUAGAGUUCACUGCUCAACAUGUCAAUCACAAGCCAAACGGGCUAACUGUUGAACACCAAGAACAAGCUUAUAGAUUUUCACCGCGCUUCAGGGAUUUUUCAAAUGACUAUGGUAUGCACAACCUUGAUAGUUUCUCCAGUGCUCCUUACCAGCAGUCAGUUAUGUCUGCUUCACCCGUCGAGCAACAGUUUUAUAUGGAUGGGCAGUCUCAGAUGCAUGCAUCUCAGGGUCACCAGUUUUUUGGUUCAAACAUCAUGUGGCAGCAGUAUGGUAUGGAAGCACCAAGAUACCCGAUGAUGCAGCCACAUUAUGUUUACCCACACGUGCAACAGGUUGCUGGAUCAGAUGUUCGUCGAAAUAGGAGACAUCUACAGGCUACAGCUCGUGCUCCUACAAAUGCCACAUCACAUACUGAAGCCCCUAAUGUUCGUCGACUGGGAAUUGGAAUUGAUGAUCCUUACUCUAAUGCUUCUGCUUUCCACAAGAGAAAUCACCAGCUGCAAAGCACAUAUUGGAACAGUUUUCCUGGGACAUUGUAUGCUGACAGUUCAUGUGGCAGUAGCAACUUCCAUCAGCAAGUUGACAAGUUUUCCCAUCCAUAUGACCUGAACUCUUUAUCUAAUGGUUUCUCAUACCAUCAGAUUUCAGAUAAUCUCAGCACUGCAAGUUAUCAAGAAAAGGUCCUGAUGAGGUCUGAUUGGGUAAAUUCUGCAAGAAGUCACGACUUUACUCCUUCAAUAAAUGGUUACAUUGUUAGGGAUCGAAGAAUUAGUAAUACACAUAACAAUCUUGAUAUCCAGAGUAAUGAUUCCUCCCAUCUCGACAUGCUGAAUUCCCAGUUUCUGUCCUUGGUCAUGAAACCACGUGAGCUGAAUUAUAAUUCAGUUGAUGAAGUUGCUGGAAGAAUCUAUAUGUUGGCUAAGGAUCAGAAUGGCUGUCGCUUUCUGCAACAAGUAUUUGCUCAAGGCACUGAAGAGGAUAUUGAAAAAGUAUUUUCUGAAAUCAUUGAUCAUAUUGGUGAACUUAUGGUGGAUCCAUUUGGCAACUAUUUAGUGCAGAAGCUGCUUGAGAGGUGCAGUGAUGAUCAACGGAUGCGCAUAUUAUGCGAAGUUACCAAAAUGCCUGGGAAGCUUAUUGCAGUUUCUUGCAACAUGCAUGGGACUCGUGCAGUGCAGAAGAUCAUUGAAACUAUAAAUAAUCCAGAUCAAGUUUCGAAGGUUGUUUCCGCACUGUGUCCUGGAGCAAUCCAUUUGAUGCUAGAUCCUAAUGGCAGUCACGUCGCAAACCGAUGCCUACAGAAAUUGUUACCUGACUCCAAAGCGUUCCUUCUUGAUGCUGCCACAUUGCACUAUCUUAAACUAGCUACACACCAACAAGGCUGUUGUAUCAUCCAAAAAUGCAUUGAACAUUCAGAUGAUGAGCAGAAGUACAAGUUGUUGAGCAAUAUUACUUCCAGUGCUCUUGCUCUUUCGGACGAUCAGUUUGGGAACUAUGUUAUUCAGUCCAUUCUUAACCACGACAUUGGAUGGGCAACAUCCAAAAUAGUGGAUGAGCUGAAGGGUCACUAUGGGUAUUUAUCGAUGCAGAAGUGUGGUAGCCAUGUGGUCGAAAACAUUCUGAGGCGAGCACCGCAGCACAAGCGUGACCAAAUCAUUGAUGAACUUAUGAAUGAUCCCAAUUUGCUGCAUAUCAUGGUUGAUCAGUUUGGCAAUUUUGUUAUUCAAACAGCUCUUGAACAUUGCGAGGGUGUGCGAUAUAAUGCCUUCGUCGAAGCUAUUAGACCACAUGCUGCUGCAAUGCAAAGCAACAUGUAUGGGAAAAGGGUUUUAUCAAAAACAUACCUCAAGAACAAGCAACACCGAGUUGGAGUUUUGUAGACUACCACAGUUCAGACCACUUGUACCAGGAACUACUCUGAAUGUAUAAUGAUGUGAUGUGAUGUGAUGAGAUAAGAUAAAACAAAUCAGAUCUAGAAUAGUAUAUUUACGCACGUAGAAUUAGUAACUGUUAGUUGUACUGCCAGGCCGAUAUGCUAUGUAGCUCCUUCUA